CACAAAACUGGAGAACUUAUUAAUCGACUUUCAUCUGAUUGUUUACUUGUAAGCCAGACUGUUACUUCAAAUAUUUCUGAUGGACUACGUUCUACUAUAAUGGUUGUCAGUGGCGUUUCUUUUAUGGUAUUGUUAAUUGUUUUCUUAGUAUUUUUACAAAUUUGUUUUAUUCGUUUUAUUAUUAUCUAUGUAUUUAGUUUUUUGUAUCUCCAAAAUUAGCUUUGGUUGGCUUAUCCAUAGUUCCUCCAAUUGCUGCUUUAGCUGUGGUAUAUGGACGUUUUGUUCGAAAGAUUACUCGAUCUGUACAGGUACCUAUGUACAAUUAAUUAUUUAUUACAUUAUAAUAAAUGUAUUACAAAUGUUAUUACAUUUACACAUGUGUAUAUUUAUUUUAGAAGAUAAAGAACCCAGUAUCCACUAUUAUAAUUAUUGGAACUAUUCUAGUUUAGCUCUCAUGCGAUUUUUUGGGGCCUUUUUUUUUUCCAAAAUGUGAAUUUUUGAGUACACAUUAAGACUGUAAAAAAAAAAAAGUGACAAACUUUGUUUUACCUCAUAACUUUCAAACAUAGUUUGUCAGAUUUUUUUUUUUUCAUAUUCUUAAUGUACAUGCAAAAAUAGCAUGGGAGCUAAACUAGAAUUAUACCUAAUUAUUUAUUAUCACCAAUCUGAAAUUUAGUAUUAUCUUGUGUAAUUAAAUUUUUUAUAUAAGACAACUAUAAGAUACAUAUUUAAAAUGCAGGAUUCAUUAGCUGCUUCGAAUCAAGUUGCCGAAGAGAGAAUAUCAAAUAUCCGAACAGUAAAAGCAUUCAGUCAAGAAAAAAAAGAAAUGUUCCAGUAUGGAGAAAAAAUGCACGAAGUAUUGAAGCUUUCUGUUAAAGAAUCAUUAAUGAGAGGAUUGUUUUUUGCUAUGGUGAGUCAAAUCAAUUUUUCAUUAAAUCUAUAUUUAAUUAUUAUAUAAAAAUAAAUUAACACAUUACUAUAUAUUAGUUUAAGUAUUUGUCAAAUAUAUUAUUUUUGUUAGACAGGAUUUGCUGGUAAUUUUAUAAUCAUAUCAGUGUUAUACAGUGGUGGUUUGUUGGUCAGCGAACAAGCUAUUAGUGUCGGUGAAUUGAGCUCAUUUUUACUAUAUGCAGCUUAUACUGGUGUAUCUAUUGGUGGUUUGUCUACAUUCUAUUCUGAUAUUAAUAGAGGUCUGGGUGCAUCAUCAAGGAUAUGGGAAAUUAUCGAUCGUAAACCAUCUAUACCAAUUUCUGGUAAUUUCUGAUUCUUUUAAUAUUAUUAAUUUGUUUACAAUACUUACACAAGUUGAUUUUUUAGGUGGGCUAAAACCUUUAACUGGUCCUAAAGGCGAUAUAAGCUUUCAAAAUAUUGUAUUUAGUUAUCCAAAUCGACCAGAUGCACCUAUCAUUAAUGGCUUAAACUUAGAAAUACCUAGUGGUCAGAGAUAUGCAUUAGUUGGUCAUAGUGGUAGUGGGAAAAGUACAUUGGGUCAUUUGUUAUUACGACUAUAUGAUCCACAAAAUGGUCAAAUAUGUUUAGACAAAACCGAUAUAAAAAUAUAUGAUCCAGUUUGGUUACAUAGUCACAUUGGAGUUGUUAGUCAAGUAAGUGAUUAUUACUAAGAGUAUUAAAAUUAUAUUAAUAGCAUAAAAUGUUCAUUUUUUUACUUAUCAUUUCAUAGGAACCAAUUUUGUUUUCUGGGACAGUUAGAGAAAAUAUUGCUUAUGGCCGUGAACAAUUUACAGAAAAUGAAAUUAUCGAUGUUGCAAAAGAAGCAAAUGCUUAUGAUUUUAUUGUAAACAAAUUUCCAGACGGAUUCAAUACUGUUGUUGGAGAGCGUGGGGUUCUUCUGUCUGGUGGCCAAAAACAGAGGAUAGCUAUUUCAAGGGCAUUGUUGAAAAAUCCAAAAAUUUUAUUGUUAGAUGAAGCUACAAGGUAAUCAUUAUCAUUGUGUAAUGUAUAAUAUUAAGACAAUUAUAUUUAUUAUGGUUUUAUUUACUUAAAAAUGUAUUUAGUGCAUUGGAUGCAGAAAGUGAAAAGUUAAUUCAAGAAGCACUGCAGAGACUUUCAAAAGGAAGAACUGUACUAACAAUUGCACAUAGGUUAUCAACUAUUAAAAACGCAGGUAGAGUCAUUAUACUUUUUAAAUUGAAUAUUUUUUAAUGCAUAAUACAUCUUAAUACACUGUAUUAUGUAUACAGUUCCACUGUAUUAAUAAUUGUAUUGGAAUACUAUGUAAAUUGGCAAAUUGGUUUAUUUAAAUUAAGUGUAACAUGGAUAAGUUAGAUUGAAUUAAAAUACACAUUUUUAUAUUUUAAAUGGGGACAAUUUUUAACACACAAUCAAUAUUAAAAUAUUAUAUUUUUUUACAAUCCUGGUAAUUUGAGAACUUUCUUACUUAAAAUUAUUUGUAUUUUUUUUUUUUUUUUUUAGAUAAAUUAGCUGUUCUUUUUAAUGGAAAAAUUGUUGAGUUGGAUUCCUAUGACGCACUAAUGUCUAUAGAAAAUGGUUUAUUUAAAAAACUUAAUAAAAAUCAAAUACUGACAAGUUAAUGUUUAUGUCAUUAUUUUAACAAGUAAAUUUAUAUUAUAUUAGGUAUAUAUAUUAUGUUAAAUAUAUUAUUGUUAUUGUUUUACAUUAUAUUUUCUCUAUGUAU